GCCGGGCGGGGAAGGACGGGCUCGCGCUCUGCGGAGGGACCCCGCGCGUGGCUGCGCCUUCCUCCCCGGAGCCCACCCGAGCGGCGGCGGCGAGAUGCGCGGCGGCGGCGCGGGGCUCGCACUCCUGGUCUCGCUGCUCUGGGUCGCCGCGCGGUGCCAGCAGAGAGGGCUGUUUCCUGCCAUCCUCAAUCUUGCUAGCAAUGCGCACAUCAGCACCAACGCCACCUGCGGCGAGCGGGGGCCCGAGAUGUCCUGCAAACUUGUGGAGCACGUUCCCGGCCGACCGGUACGCAACGCCCAGUGCCGGAUCUGCGACGCCAACAGUGCCAACCCCAAAGAACGCCAUCCAAUAUCGCAUGCAAUCGAUGGGACCAACAACUGGUGGCAAAGCCCCAGUAUUCAGAACGGGAGAGAAUAUCACUGGGUCACAAUCACUCUGGACUUAAGGCAGGUCUUUCAAGUCGCCUACGUCAUCAUCAAAGCUGCCAAUGCCCCUCGACCCGGAAACUGGAUUCUGGAGCGUUCCCUGGAUGGCACCAAGUUCAGUCCCUGGCAAUAUUAUGCCGUCAGUGACACAGAGUGUUUGACCCGCUACAAUAUCACUCCAAGACGGGGGCCGCCCACUUACAGGGCCGAUGACGAAGUGAUCUGCACCUCCUACUAUUCUAGACUGGUGCCGCUUGAGCAUGGAGAGAUUCAUACGUCACUGAUCAACGGCAGACCGAGCGCGGAUGAUCUUUCACCCAAGCUGUUGGAGUUUACUUCUGCACGAUACAUCCGCCUUCGCUUACAGCGUAUCAGAACCCUCAAUGCCGAUCUUAUGACCCUGAGCCACCGUGACCCUAAAGACCUCGAUCCUAUUGUUACAAGACGGUAUUACUAUUCAAUCAAAGACAUUUCUGUUGGCGGAAUGUGUAUUUGUUAUGGCCAUGCUAGUAGCUGCCCGUGGGAUGAAACUACAAAGAAACUGCAGUGUCAGUGUGAACACAACACGUGCGGGGAGAGCUGCACCCGGUGUUGCCCAGGCUACCACCAGCAGCCCUGGCGGCCCGGCACCGUUUCUUCUGGUAACACGUGUGAAAAGUGUAAUUGUCACAAUAAAGCCCAAGACUGUUACUAUGAUGGAAAUGUUGCAAGUCAGAGGAGAAGCUUGAAUAUCGCAGGACAGUUCAGAGGAGGAGGGGUGUGCAUCAACUGCCUGCAAAACACCAUGGGAAUCAAUUGCGAAACCUGCAUCGAUGGAUAUUACAGACCGCACAAUGUGUCUCCUUAUGAGGACAACCCUUGUCGUCCCUGUGACUGUGACCCUUUCGGGUCCCUCAGUUCAGUCUGUAUUAAGGAUGAGCUCCAAUCUGGCUUACACAAAGGGAAGUGGCCAGGUCAAUGUCCGUGCAAGGAAGGCUACGCAGGAGAAAAAUGUGAUCGCUGCCAGUUUGGUUACAAGGCUUACCCAGCCUGUGUCCGCUGUGAGUGUAGCCGGGCUGGCAGUGUGAACGAGGACCCAUGCUCAGAACCUUGUCUGUGUAAGGAAAAUGUCGAAGGGGAAAAUUGUGACCUCUGCAAGCCGGGAUUCUAUAACCUGAAGGAGAGAAACCCCAAGGGCUGCUCAGAGUGCUUCUGCUUCGGCGUGUCUGAUGUCUGCGGCAGCCUUUCUUGGUCUAUCAGUCAGGUGAAAGAUAUGUCUGGGUGGCUUGUCACCGACCUGAUCAGUGCAAGCAAGGUCCCGUCUCAGCAGGACGCUCUGGGUGGGCGUCAUCAGGUCAGCAUCAACAACACGGUGGCCGUGCAGAGCCUGACUUCCAAGUAUUACUGGUUGGCUCCGGAGGCCUACCUCGGAAAUAAGCUGACUGCUUUUGGUGGAUUCCUGAAGUACACGGUGUCCUAUGAUAUUCCAGUGGAGAUGGUGGACGGUGGUGACCUCAUGUCUCACGCCGAUGUUAUCAUCAAGGGAAAUGGACUCACUCUGAGCACCCAGGCGGAGGGCCUGUCAUUACAACCCUAUGAAGAGUAUUUGAACGUGGUCAGACUUGUGCCAGAGAACUUCCGAGAUUUUCAUAACAAAAGGGAGAUAGAUCGUGACCAGCUGAUGACUGUCCUGGCCAACAUGACACAUCUCUUGAUCAGAGCCAACUACAAUUCUGCAAAAAUGGCUCUUUACAGGUUGGAUUCUGUCUCUUUGGACACAGCCAGCCCUAAUGUCAUAGACCUGACACUGGCCACCGAGGUGGAACACUGUGAAUGUCCCCAAGGCUACGCAGGGAUCUCCUGUGAGUCCUGCCUCCCUGGCUAUUACCGUGUGGAUGGAAUACUCUUUGGAGGAAUUUGUCAACCCUGUGAAUGCCACGGCCAUGCAACCGAAUGUGAUAUCCACGGCGUUUGCUUUGCAUGCAAGCACAACACCACGGGCGCCCACUGUGACCAGUGCGCGCCCGGCUUCUACGGGCUGCCUUCCCGAGGGACUCCGAGGGACUGCCAGCGCUGUGCCUGCCCCCUCUCCACAACCUCCAACAAUUUCAGCCCCACCUGCCACCUAGAAGAUGGGGACGAAGUGGUCUGUGACCAGUGUGCCCCCGGAUACUCUGGAGCUUGGUGCGAGAGAUGCGCAGACGGUUACUAUGGAAACCCAACAGUGCCCGGGGAAUCCUGUGUCCCCUGCAACUGCAGCGGCAACGUGGAUCCCUCAGAGGCCGGUCACUGUGACUCCGUCACGGGAGAGUGCCUGAAGUGCACUGGGAACACGGCUGGCGCCCACUGCGAGAGGUGUGCUGACGGAUUCUAUGGGGAUGCUGUGACUGCUAAAAAUUGCCGCGCCUGUGCAUGCCAUGGAAAAGGCUCCCUUUCUGGUGUCUGCCAUUUGGAGACGGGAGUCUGUGACUGCAAACCUCAUGUGACCGGACGGCAGUGUGACCAGUGCUCGCACGGCUAUUACGGGCUGGACACAGGGCGUGGGUGCCUGCCCUGUAACUGCAGCGUGUCAGGCUCCCUGUCGGAUGACUGCACGGAGGAAGGCCAGUGUCCCUGUGUGCCAGGUGUAGCUGGGAAAAAGUGCGACAGGUGUGCGCAUGGCUUCUAUGCAUUUCAGGACGGUGGCUGUACACCCUGUGACUGUGCCCACACACUGCACACUUGUCACCCGGAAUCAGGGGAGUGCAUCUGCCCUCCUCAUACUCGGGGCGCAUCCUGUGAUGAAUGUGAGGACGGAUACUGGGGCCGCGACCCGGAGCUCGGAUGCCAGGCCUGCAAUUGCAGUGGUGUUGGGGCAGCCAGUCGUCAGUGCGACGUGCUCACUGGCCGUUGCCGAUGUAAGCCGGCGUUCGGUGGCCCCAGCUGCCAUCAGUGCUCCCAGGGGUACAGAGGCUUUCCAGACUGUGUGGCCUGUGACUGUGACCCGAGAGGGACCUUGGCAGACACCUGUGAUGAGGAACAGGGUCUCUGCAGCUGCGCAGAGGAGACCGGUUCCUGCUCUUGCAAGGAAAAUGUGUUUGGCCUUCAGUGUGGUGAGUGUCGAGCCGGCACCUACGGCCUCCGCGCUGAUGACCCUCUGGGGUGCGCCCCGUGCUUCUGCUUCGGGCUGUCACAAGUCUGCUCAGAGCUCGAGGGUUACGUGAGGACCCCGAUAACUCUGGGCUCCCGUCAGCCUCUCCUGCGUGUGGUUUCGCAGAGCAACCUCAGGGGCACGACCCAGGGCGUGUAUUACCAGGCUCCUGACAUCCUCCUGGACGCCGUGACUGUCAGGCAGCAUGUCCACACGGAGCCUUUUUACUGGAGGCUGCCAGAGCGCUUCCAGGGAGACCAGCUCCUGGCCUAUGGUGGCAGACUGAAGUACAGUGUGGCCUUCUAUUCUUCCAAUGGCAUGGGCACCUUCAACCUUGAGCCCCAAGUGCUCAUCAGAGGAGGCCGGACCAGAAAGCAAGUCAUUUAUGUGGAUGUGGCAGCACCGGAGAACGGAGUGUGGCAAGACCAAGAAGUGGGAAUGAAAGAGAAUUUUUGGAGAUAUUUUAACUCUGUUUCUGAAAAACCUGUCACACGCUCUGAUUUCAUGUCUGUUCUAAGCAACAUCGAGUACAUCCUCAUCAAAGCAUCUUAUGGUCAAGGAUUACAGCAAAGCAGAAUCUCGAAUAUUUCCAUGGAGGUUGGCAGAAAGGUGGAAAAGUUGCCCCCGGGACGGAAGGUGGCAUCCCGUUUAGAGAAGUGUCUCUGUCCCCCUGGCACGGCUGGGUUCUCCUGUCAGGACUGCGCACCUGGUUACCAUAGAGGGGAGAUCCCGCAGGGUGGUGGCCGAGGACCCCGGCCUCUGCUUGCCCCUUGUGUGCCCUGCCAUUGCAGCAACCACAGUGAUGUCUGCGACCCCGAAACCGGGAAGUGUCUGAACUGCAGCCAUGGCACCGCCGGUGACCACUGUGACGUGUGUGCCCCUGGGUACUUCGGGAAGGUGACUGGCUCAGCCAGCGACUGCUCCGUGUGCGCCUGUCCCCGCAGCCCGCCUGCCAGUUUUAGUCCCACUUGCGUCUUGGAAGGUGAUCACGAUUUCCGCUGCGACGCCUGCAGUCUGGGCUACGAAGGACAGUACUGUGAAAGGUGCUCCUCAGGCUAUCACGGGAACCCUCGAGCGCUGGGUGGCACUUGCCAACGGUGUGACUGCAGCCCCAGUGGCUCUGUCCAUGGCAACUGUGACCGCAGGUCCGGGCAGUGUGUCUGCAGGCCAGGCGCCACAGGGCUCCGGUGCGACGAAUGCGAACCGAGGCACAUUCUGCUGGAAAGCUUUUGUGUUUCUUGUGAUGAUGAAUGUGUGGGUGUGCUGCUGAAUGACUUAGAUAAGAUUGGGAACACCAUCCUUUCCGUGAACCUCACUGGCGUGAUCCCUGUCCCGUCUGGAAUUUUGUCAGACCUGGAAAAUACAACGAAAUAUCUCCGGGAAGCUUUACUGAAAGAAAAAACACGUAAGGACCGGGCAGAAGAUGAGCUCGAAGAUGCUGCAAAACAAACAGACCACCUGCUAAGGGAGCUCACUAGAGUGUUAAGGAGUAGCCAACAUGUGACCAGGGUGACGGAAAGACUUCUCCGCAAGACCCAAGACCUCUUGACAUUUACUGAGAAGCUGCAGAUAAAUAUCCAAGAAAUUAUUGAAAAAGCAGCAACUCUAAACCAGACCUUGGAUGAAGACUUCCAGCUACCCAGUUCUACUCUUCAGAAUAUGCAAAAGAAUAUUACAUCUCUGCUAGAAAUCAUACAGAAGAGGCAUUUUGGGCAGUUGCAACAACAAGCCAUACUGGAACUCAAGGCCGCUGAAGAUUUGUUGUCACAGAUUGAGAAAAAUUUCCAGAGGCCACAGAGAGAGUUGGAGGUCUUAAAAGAAGCGGCAAGCAGCCUUCUUUCAAAACACAACGGUGAACUGCAAGCAGCGAGGGACCUUGUGAGGGAGGCAGAGGUGAAGACCCAGGAAAGCAACCGCCUAUUGCACCUUGUCAGCGCCAACCUGCGAGAAUUUAACGAUAAGAAGCUACAUGUUCAACAGGAACAAAACCUGACCUCGGCGCUGAUUGCCAGAGGGAGAAGAUUGCUGGACGCUGUCACUUCGCCAGCAGCUGCUGUAGAAACUGCCCUCGCACAGUUAGAGCGGCACCGGGAUGAGCUGCUCAUCUGGACCGCCAAAAUCAGGCGCCACGUAGACGAUCUGGUCAUGCAGAUGUCCCAAAGAGGAGCUCUUGACCUUGUAUACAGAGCGGAGGACCACGCAGCUAACCUCCAGAGACUAGCGGGUGCUCUGGACAGUGGCCUUGGCAGCGUUAGACAUGUGUCCCUGAAUGCCACCAGUGCCACCCACGUCCAUUCCAACAUUCGGAGCAUGAUUGAAGAAUCAGAGAAAGUGGCAGAAGACGCUCUCAGGACCGGGACAAUGGCAAGCCUGUUCUCAGAGUCCCUUGCUCCUAAUGGGAAAGUGGCUCUCCAGCGCAGUUCCAGAUUUCUGAAAGAAGGCAACAGCCUGAGCAGAAAGCAUCAAGGUAUCGCAUUGGCACUGAGUGAAUUGAAAAAUUCAGCAAACAGAUUUCAAGAGAAUGCUCGUACAAUUACUGGGCGGACCAAUGAAUCACUCUUGAGACUUAGAGCAAUCCCUGAAGGUGUCAAAGACAAAGGGACCAAAAUCAAAGAGCUGGCCACAUCUGCAAAUUGGAGUGCGGCAAGCACUCUAAAGAACACUGUGGGAUUGCGCAAGGAGCUGUUGAAUACAUCCACCAGCUUGUCCAAGGUUAAUGCCACCUUACAAGAAACAAACAAACUUCUACAGGACUCUUCAAUGACCACUCUGCUAGCUGGAAGGAGAGUUAAAGAUGCAGAGACACAAGCCAGCCUUUUAUUUGAUCGGUUGAAGCCUCUGAAGAUCCUAGAAGAGAACCUGAGCAGAAACCUAUCAGAAAUCAAACUGCUGAUCAGCCAGGCCCGGAAACAGGCGGCUUCUAUUAAAGUCGCUGUGUCUGCAGACAGAGAUUGUAUCCGGGCCUACCAGCCUCAGAUUUCUUCCACCAACUAUAACACCUUAACACUAAAUGUUAAGACAAGUGAACCCGAUAACCUUCUCUUCUACCUGGGGAGCAGCACCAGUUCCGACUUCCUGGCGGUGGAGAUGCGGCGAGGGAAGGUGGCCUUUCUCUGGGAUAUGGGCUCCGGGUCAACACGGCUGGAAUUUCCAGACUUCGCAAUCAACAACGACAAAUGGCACAGUAUCCAUGUAACCAGAUUUGGAAAUGUUGGUUCAUUGAGUGUAAAGGAAAUGAGCGCAACUCAGAAGCCAUCACCAAAAACAAGUAAAUCACCUCAAACAGCUAAAGUUCUGGAUAUAAACAACUCGACACUCAUGUUUGUUGGAGGGCUUGGAGGACAGAUCAAGAAGUCUCCUGCUGUGAAGGUUACUCAUUUUAAAGGCUGCAUGGGAGAGGCCUUCUUGAACGGACAGUCCAUCGGCCUGUGGAACUAUAUUGAACGGGAGGGCAAGUGCCACGGCUGCUUCGGAAGCCCCCAGAACGAAGAGUCUUCCUUCCAUUUUGAUGGGAGUGGUUAUUCAGUUGUGGAGAAGACACUCCGGGCUACUGGGACCCACAUCAUUAUGCUUUUCAGCACCUUUUCACCCAACGGGCUGCUUCUCUACCUCGCUUCAAAUGGCACCAAAGACUUUUUAUCCAUCGAGCUGGUACAUGGCAGAGUUAGAGUUACCGUUGACCUGGGUUCAGGGCCUCUUGCUCUUAUUACCGACAGGCGCUAUAACAACGGAACCUGGUACAAAAUCGCCUUCCAGAGAAACCGAAAGCAAGGACUCCUAGCAGUUACUGAUGCAUAUAACACCAGUUAUAAAGAAACCAAGCAAGGUGAAACCCCAGGAGCAUCUUCUGACCUCAAUCGUCUAGAUAAAGAUCCAAUUUAUGUGGGUGGAUUACCUAGGUCAAGAGUUGUGAGGAAAGGUGUCACCAGCAAAAGCUAUGUGGGCUGUAUCAAAAACCUGGAAAUCUCCAGAUCAACCUUUGAUUUGCUCAGAAAUUCCUAUGGAGUGAGAAAAGGCUGCAUACUGGAGCCUAUCCGAAGUGUUAGCUUCUUGAAAGGUGGCUACAUUGAAUUGUCACCCAAGUCUUUGUCGCCAGAAUCAGAACUGCUGGCAACAUUCGCCACCAAGAGCAGCAGCGGCAUCAUCCUGGCUGCCCUGGGCGGGCACAGGGCGAAGCGGGGUCAUCAGCAGGCACACGGGCAACCUUCCCAGGCCUUCUUUUCCAUCAUGCUGAUUGAAGGCCACAUUGAAGUGCAUGUUAAUUCUGGGGACGGAACAAACCCAAGAAGAGCUGUGCUGCGUGCCCCCAAGGGCACCUACGGCGACGGGCAAGAGCACUCCAUCUCUCUGCUGAGGACUGGGAGCAUUAUCACUGUCCAACUGGAUGAGACCAAUCCUGUGGAAAUGAAGUUGGGCCCAUCAGCAGAAAGCAGGACAAUCAAUGUAUCCAACCUGUACAUAGGGGGGAUUCCGGAGGAGGAGUGGACAUCAGUGCUCAAGAUGCGACGAUCAUUCCAUGGCUGUAUCAAAAACCUGAUCUUUAAUAUGGAACAUUUGGACUUCACGAGUGCGGGUGGCUACGAACAAGUAGACUUGGACACCUGCUUGCUUUCGGAAAGGCCGAAGCCAGCUCUUCGUGGGGAGGACAGCGAGCUCCCGCCAGAGCCUCAGCCUUUACCACGUCUGGAACAGUGUGCUGUGGACAGGGCCCCCGAGUACGUCCCCAACGCUCACCAGUUUGGCCUCACGCAGGGCAGCCAUUUUGUGUUGCCUUUCAAUCAGCUGGCCGUCAGAAAGAGGCUCUCCGUUCAGCUAAGCAUCCGGACGUUUGCCUCCAGUGGUCUGAUUUACUACAUGGCCCAUCAGAGCCACGCGGAUUAUGCCAUGCUCCAGCUGCACGGGGGCCGCCUUCACUUCCUGUUCGAUCUUGGGAAAGGCAGAACUAAGGUCUCCCACCCGGCACUGAUCAGUGAUGGCAGGUGGCACACGGUCAAGACAGAGCACUUUAAAAGGAAGGGCUUCGUGACUGUUGACGGCCAGGAAUCCGCCACGGUGACCGCGGUGGGAGACGGUACCAUGUUGGACGUGGAAGGAAAGCUGUACCUAGGAGGUCUUCCCUCUGAGUACAGAGCCAGGAACAUUGGAAACAUCACCCACAGUGUCCCCGCCUGCAUCGGGGAGGUGAUAGUGAACGGCAGACAGCUGGACAAGGGCAGCCCAGUGUCAGCAUCUGCAGUGACCAGGUGCUAUGCAGUGGCCCAGGAAGGAACUUUCUUUGAAGGAAGUGGAUAUGCAGCUCUUGUCAAGGAAGGCUACAGAGUCCAGUCAGAUGUAAACAUAACACUGGAAUUCCGCACCACCUCCGAGAAUGGCGUCCUCCUGGGGAUCAGCAGUGCCAAAGUGGAUGCCAUCGGACUGGAGAUUGUGAAUGGCAAGAUCUUGUUUCACGUUAACAAUGGUGCCGGGAGGCUAACCGCCGCGUACAAACCGCCAGCUGCCAGUGCUCUGUGCGACGGGAGAUGGCACACGCUUCAAGCUCAGAAAAGCAAACACCGCUUGGCUCUGAUUGUGGAUGGGAAUGCAGUUCGUGCCGAAAGUCCACACACGCAGUCCACCUCAGCAGACACCAACAAUCCCAUUUAUGUCGGCGGCUACCCAGCUGAUGUGAAGCAGAACUGUCUGAGCAGCCAGACGUCCUUCCGGGGGUGCCUGAGAAAGCUCACCCUGAUUAAGGGCCCACAAGUGCAGUCCUAUGACCUCAGCACAGCGUUCCAUCUACAAGGGGUGUCCCCCCAUUCCUGUCCUGGGGGUGAACCCUGAAUUUCAGAGCAACUCCGCAGGUGGGAAUCGUUGCUUGCAUUUUGAGAAUUGUUUUUGUGAAUUAAAGUCUCUUCAGUUCUGACUUCAUUUUCAACUCAGGUUAAGUAUUUCCAGAGAGAAAUUUUGUGCUUCUAUAAACCGAAACCAUGUGUACAACGAAUACCUCUAUUAAAUAGUUAAAACUGUAAA